UUGAAUGGACCGUCUUUCUCUUAGAACAUAUUCUUAAUUAAUACAUUUCUUUUUCCCCAAGUUCGAUAAAUCUCCUAUUAAUACACGUAUGGUUGGGGUUACUCAGAGGCAGAGGAAGAGGAAGCUAAGCUAACAUCCUGUGAACAUGGAGGAGGUGAUAGUCCUAUACCCCUCUCCAGGCAGAGGCCACAUACUCGCCAUGGUAGAGCUUGGCAAGGUCCUAGUGAAGCAUCACCCUUCUUUCUCCAUCACAAUCCUCAUCUUAGACACACAAAACAGAGCUAAUGCCUCCACCUCUCAAUAUGCAGCCAGCUCUACCGCCCAAUACAUGGCUUCUGUCAACGCCACCACUCCAUCCAUCACCUUCCACCACCUGCCCCCAAUCUCCGACGUCCCUUCCACUUCUCCCGCCUAUGAGUCAGGCUUCUUACUCCCACGCCUCAACAACCCAAAUCUCCACCAAGCCCUCCAAACCAUCUCCCAAACGUCCAAACUCAAAGCCUUCAUCAUUGAUUUCUUUUGUGAUGCUUCUUUCGAAGUAGCCGCAAAUCUUAGCAUCCCCACGUACUAUUUCUUUACCUCCAGCGCAAGCAGUCUAACUGCCUUUCUAUACCUCCCCACUCUCCAUAAAAAGCUGGAUAAAAGCUUGAAAGAUCUCAAUGAUGACGUGCUUCUUGAUAUUCCAGGCUUACCCUCUAUCCCAGCUUCAGAGAUGCCGAAAAAUAUGUCAGAUCGUAGUACUAAAGUGUACGAGUAUUUCUUAAACACAGCAACCCACAUGGCCAAAUCAAAUGGGCUUAUUGUAAACUCGUUUGACCUGCUCGAAAGAAAAGCUAUUGAGGCAAUAUCGGAUGGGCUAUGUGUGCCAGAUGGACCAACUCCGCCAAUAUUCUCUAUUGGACCUUUGAUAUCAAGCAACAAUCAAGAUGGAGAAAAUCAGCACGAGUGUUUGAAUUGGCUAAACUUGCAACCAAGUCAAAGCGUGGUGUUUCUGUCUUUUGGAAGCAUGGGAUUGUUUUCAGCAAAACAGUUGCAUGAAAUUGCCGUUGGAUUAGAUAACAGUGGCCAAAGGUUCUUGUGGGUGGUAAGAAAUCCGCCACCAAAUAACAACGAAGAGCCAAAUUUGGAUGAGUUGUUGCCAAACGGUUUCUUGGAAAGGACCAAGGAGAGGGGUUUUGUGGUGAAGCAAUGGGCUCCACAGGUGGAGAUACUGAGUCACGGCUCGGUGGGUGGGUUCGUGACUCACUGCGGGUGGAACUCGGUGCUUGAAGCGGUGUUUAGCGGCUUGCCGAUGGUCGGGUGGCCUUUGUAUGCGGAGCAAAGGUUGACCAGGGUGGUCAUGGUGAAGGAAUUGAAGGUGGCCUUGGCAGUGAACGAGUCGGAAGACGGGUUGGUGAGUGCGGCCGAGUUGGAGAAGCGGGUGAGGGAGUUAAUGGACUCGGAAGCAGGCAAAGAGGUGAGAGAGAAGGUUUCAGCCAUGAGAGAUGCUGCUGUGGCAGCCUUGGAAGACGGAGGGUCCGCUAGUGUUGCAUUUGCCAAGUUGGCUGAGUCGUGGGUCACGACAACAUGCUAGUUAUUGUGAUUGUGAUUGUGAUCGAGUGCUCCUUUUUCGUGCGAGUAGCUUUUUAAUCAUCCUUUUAUGUAUAACUGACCAUCCUAUAUAUGAU